AUGAAGGGCUCCAUCUUUGCGGCCGCCGCUUUUGUCGGCUCGGCUAUGGCCGACGGUGCUCUGCACCGCCGCCACGAGGCCUUCCACCGUCGUGCUGAGGCUGACUCUUCUUCUUCGUUCGUGGCUGCUUCGUCCUCCGCCUCUGUUCUUCCUCUGAACCCCGAGGAGACCUGCGGUUGCACUACCAAGGUCAUCACCUACUAUGGUUCGCCCACUCUGGUGCCCAUCCCUCAAACCUCCACCAGCACCGAGUCGACCUCCACCUUGACCAGCACCAUCCACUCGACCAGCACUCUCACCAGCACUCUGACUGUGACUCCCUCCGUCGAGGCCACUUCCACUCCUACUCCUACCCCGGAGACCUCGACCAUCAUCGUGUCGCUGCCCACCGCUGGUGUCUCCAGCUUCUCCUCCACCGGUGUCUACACCAUCCCGGCCACCACUCUGACCGUGACUGACACCACCACCGUCUGCGGUGCCACCACCACUGCUGUUCCCAGCGGUACUCACACCAUCGGUGGUGUCACCACUGUCGUUGAGACUGAGACCACCAUCACCUGCCCCUACGCCACCGUCAAGCCCCACGGCUCGACUGUUACCAGCACCAUCGAGUACACCACCUACACUUGCCCUGCCGCUGGUACCUACACUGUGGUCCCCGGUACCGUCACCACUGUGCCCACCAGCACCACUUUCACCCCCGGUACCUACACUCAGUCCUCCAGCGUCGUGACUGUCACUCGCACCGACACCACCUACUACUGCCCCUACGCCAACGGCGAGUCCUCUACUCUUGCUGCUAACCCCAGCACCAGCUCCGCUCCCGUUCCCGCUGUCCCCACCACCACUGCUGCUGCUACUACCAGCUCCGUCGUUGCUGUCACCACCAGCUCGGCUGCUCCCUCUAGCACUGGUGGCUCUGGAAGCGGUACCACCGGCGAGGGCCAGUACGGCAUGACCUUCUCCCCCUACACUGCCGAGGGUAACUGCAUGUCCCAGUCCGAGGUCACCAGCAACCUGAAGACCAUCAAGCAGAAGGGCUUCAACCUGGUCCGUGUCUACUCCACCGACUGCAACUCCCUCGAGUACAUCGGUUCCGCCUGCAAGUCCCUCGGUCUCAACAUGAUCCUGGGAGUCUUCAUCGAGUCCACCGGUACCUCCGGCGCCGAGGAGCAGGUCACUGCCAUCACCAAGUGGGCCCAGUGGGACAUGGUCGAGCUGAUUGUCGUCGGUAACGAGGCCAUCUCCUCCGGCUACGUCUCCGCUUCCCAGCUCGCCUCCUUCAUCACCUCCUGCAAGUCCUCUUUCGAGGCUGCUGGAUACACUGGCAAGGUCACCACCACCGAGCCCAUUGAUGUCUGGGAGCAGUACGGAAAGUCCACCCUGUGCAGCCCCGUCGAUAUUGUCGGUGCCAACAUCCACCCCUUCUUCAACUCCGACACCACCGCCGCCAAGGCCGGUGAGUUCGCCCUGGCCGAGUACAAGAUUCUCGAGAAGCUGUGCGGCAAGGACGUCCUGAACCUGGAGACCGGCUGGCCCAACGGUGGUUCCGCCAACGGUGCCGCCAUCCCCGGUGCCUCCGAGCAGAAGACUGCCAUCCAGGCUAUUGCCAAGUCCCUUGGCUCCAAGUCCAUCUUCUUCUCCUACGCCAACGACGACUGGAAGGCCCCUGGCUCCUUCGGUGUCGAGCAGCACUGGGGUUGCGCUGAUGUCUUCUAA